UUCUUUAUUUCCCACUUACACAACCACCUACCUCCAAGCUCCAUAUAGUUGAUAGAUGUUCAAACAUAAAUUUAUUUAUUUUUUACAAUAUAAGACGUUUUGAUAGAUGUUCCCUGUAAUUUAUUUAUCGCCUGUGUUUGGUGCUGCUCUUUUACUGGUUUGCUCUAGUUAGGUCUACAAUGGCUCCUCUUAUGUUGUUAUCUUUCAUGCUUUCCAUCUUCUCAAUCUCUGGUCUUCCUCACUCUCCCGAUAAUCUCUCUCACGAACAACAGCAACAUUUACUCUUACAAUUCAAAUCUGCCAUUUCGAACAACAACAAAACUUCACUGGCAGAUUGGACUCCCCAUCUCCCCCUCUGUAAUUGGACAGGUAUUACUUGUGAUCCAUCUUCUCACUCUAUCCUCGCUCUUAAUGUAUCCUACAUGAAUUUAGAUGGCACCAUUUCCCCUGUUCUUGGGAAUCUCUCCUCUCUUCAAUCUCUGGAUCUCUCCACCAAUGCUCUCACUGGUCACAUUCCACCUCAACUUGGUCAGCUUCGCCAUCUGCAGACACUCUGGUUGGAUGAGAAUAAGCUACAAGGAAUCAUUCCUCCCUCUCUCUCCGAUUGCCGCAGUUUGAUUUCACUGGCACUCUCCCGUAACCAAUUGCAUGGCAGAAUUCCGCCUGAGCUUAGUCUUCUCCCAAGUUUGAAUUACCUUGACUUGUCAGUAAACAAUCUCACCGGUACCUUAUCCCCCUCUUUAGGAAAUCUGUCCACCUUAGUUGCAUUUGGUGUGGCAGACAAUGAUCUCACAGGUACCAUUCCUGUUGAGUUGGGAUCCCUGUCUCAACUACAGGUACUCUCCCUUUAUAGAAAUCAAUUGUCAGGCCCCAUUCCCAGCUCAUUGGGAAAUCUGUCUGUCUUGAUUAAUUUAGCAUUGGCAAGUAACCAUCUCCAAGGUCCUAUUCCCCCUGAAGUGGGCAUGCUCACUCAGCUACAGGUUAUUGAUCUUUUUGAUAACCACUUAUCAGGCAACAUUCUCUCCUCCUUAACAAAUCUGUCAAAGCUGAAUGAAUUGCUUUUAUUUGAAAACCGGCUGAGCGGUCAUAUUCCGUGGGAAAUUGGUACAAAGCUCACCAAGUUGCAAAUCCUUAGUUUAUGGGGAAAUCAGCUUAAUGGAAACAUACCAAACUCCAUUGGAAAUUGCUCCAGUCUCACGGCACUCGGUUUAAAUGACAACAUGCUCAGUGGAAUGGUGCCAAAGGAGCUUGGUAAGUUGAGUCUCCUUACCCGGCUUUACUUGCAAAUGAAUCAACUUGUUAGUACCAGCAAAAACACAUUGGAUUUUUUCACUGCUCUCACAAAUUGCUCCCACUUGGAAAAUAUAGGACUGUCAUACAAUCGUAUUACUGGUAUAUUGCCUCCAUCCAUCGGUCAACUGUCUUCCAGUCUUAUUGAUUUGGAUUUAAAAUACAACAUGAUAAGUGGAACCAUACCUCAACAAAUUGCCAAUCUGACAAAUUUGAACUCCUUAGACUUGAGCAAUAACCUUUUCAGUGGCAGUAUUCCAUUUGUAAUCAAAAGAUUCCACAAGUUGGAAAGAUUGUAUUUAGGUGGGAACAAAUUACAAGGAACCAUUCCAGGUGAAAUAGGUCAAAUGCAACAUCUGGGACUCUUGAAUCUUAGUCACAACCAGUUAUCUGGAAAAAUACCAGAUUCUCUUUGUAACUCCCAGCAGCUACGAUAUCUCUAUUUUCAGCACAACAAUUUAUCAGGGGAGAUCCCUGCUAGUUUAAAGCAAUGCCAGAAGUUGGAGCUCCUUGACUUAUCUUACAAUAAAUUAGGGGGAAGGAUACCCCGUGACGUCAUUGCCAGCCUUAAAAACCUACAAUUCUAUCUUAAUCUUUCAUGGAAUUCUUUGCAAGGGUUCUUGCCCAAGGAGAUGAGUAAAAUUGUAAUGGCUCAAGCCAUAGACAUAUCUGGAAAUCAACUCACUGGGGUGAUUCCAAAUGCUCUUGGAGACUGCACAAAUUUAGAGCGUCUAAAUCUGUCCCACAAUGCCUUUGAAGGUCCAAUACCAAAGUCGCUCUCCAAAUUACAAAAUCUCCAAGAAAUGGAUGUUUCUUUCAAUAAUUUGUCAGGCCGAAUUCCAGAAGGAGGGUUGUUUCCAAAUAGAACUGUCAUAACAUUGUUUAUGGGAAACCUUGGCCUAUGUGGCCCAAAAAACUAUUCUUUGCCUCCAUGCCCAAAUCAAACCCAGAAGACACGAUCACUGCUCAGAAAAAUAGUCUUAUCAGUUGUUGGAACCAUUGCAUUUGUAUUAUUCAUUUUCAUUAUAGGAAUGCUAUGGAGGCAGAAACUUUCAAGACAACCAUUCCGUCUCUCAAACUUUAUUUUUCGAAGGCUCAGCUAUCCGAAAUUUUCUUAUGAAGAUCUUGUCCUUGCAACAUCUGGAUUUGAUGAGGCAAACUUGAUUGGAGUGGGUAACUUUGGAUCAGUAUACAGAGGCAUUUUGAGGGAUGGGAAGACAGUUGCCAUUAAGGCUCUUAAUUUACAGAAUGAAGAAGCUCAGAAGAGCUUUAAUAUAGAAUGCAAAUUGUUAGGGAGAAUUCGGCACCGUAACCUCGUCAAAAUCAUAAGUGCAUUUUACUAUCCUGGCUUCCAAGGUUUGGUUCUUCAAUUUGCAUCUAAUGGGAGCUUGGAAAAGCAUUUGCACCUUGACAGAGAUGAUCAGGGCUUUUGUGAAUUGGGAUUCAACGAAUGCUUAAACAUUGCUAUAGAUGUAGCCCAUGGAAUGGAAUAUUUACAUCAUGAUUGUCCUUUACAAAUUGUGCACUGUGAUUUGAAACCUAGCAAUGUGCUCCUGGAUGACAACAUGACAGCUCUGGUGACUGAUUUUGGUAUAUCCCGUUUGACUAGUACUCCAAGUUCCACAGAUUCACUGACUACAACAACAUUUGCACUUAGAGGAUCAAUUGGUUAUAUUGCUCCAGAGUAUGGAUUGGGUGGGAGUGUUUCUAUAAAGGGGGAUGUUUACAGUUAUGGAAUUCUGAUAUUAGAGAUGGUUACAAGGAAGAGGCCAAGUGAUGACAUGUUUGUGGGAGACAUGACCUUGCAGAAGUGGGUGAGAUUGUCUUUUCCAAAUAGACUGGCAGAUAUUGUUGAUAACAGGUUGCUGAGUGAUGUGAAUGCAAACAUGGAAGAGAAUGGAUUUCUUCUUUCUUUCAUUUAUUUUGCAUUGCUUUGCGCCAAUGAAUCACCAAGAGAACGACCCUCCAUGAGAGAUGUAGCCAUGGCCUUGGAGAACCUCAGGACAUCUUUCACAGGAAAUGCAGCUUCUUCCAAUUUAGCAUCUAGCAUAUCAGACCUCCUACAUGAUACCAAUCCCACUGCAUUAUCGGCAUCUGACAGUAGUUCUACAUUUUAGAUGUUUUGAGUUCCAUUUAAAUACUUUUAGUGCUUUCUAUUAGCUAUUUAAAGUCUAUCGUUUCUCACAAGCUUGUCUACUUUUAUGCAAAAUCCUCAGGUUAAAUUGUAAUUAUUUAAACAAGAAAGAUGUUCCAAAUCAUGUGCAUGCACUACAACUUAAGAAAGUAUAUAUAUUGUUGAAAUGGUUAAAA